ACUCUCGCCUUUCUUGCGGCACUCUGGGCCUUGCGAGACUCCGUUUCCCGACAGGCCGCGCGUCAAAGGCGCCGGCGGGAUCUGAGCGCUGCGCUGGCUGUAAGAAAGUGACCCAGCCAGUGUUGGAUCCCGUCUUGGCCAUGGCCUCGUUCGUGACAGAAGUUUUGGCACACUCGGGGAGGCUGGAGAAGGACGAUCUGGGCACCCGGAUCAGCCGCCUGACCCGGCAGGUGGAGGAGAUCAAGGGCGAGAUGUGUACUAUGAUUAGCAAGAAGUACAGUGAAUUCCUGCCUAGCAUGCAGAGUGCCCAGGGUCUGGUGACCCAGGUGGAUAAGCUAUCUGAAGACAUUGACCUGCUGAAAUCCAGGAUAGAGAGUGAGGUCUGCCGGGAUCUUCAUGUAUCAACUGCAGAAUUUACAGACUUGAAGCAACAAUUGGAAAGAAACUCAGUUGUCCUAAGUUUGCUUAAACAGCUACAAGAGUUUUCUACUGCUAUUGAAGAAUAUAAUUGUGCAUUUACAGAGAAGAAGUAUGUCACUGCUGCUCGGCAUCUUGAAGAGGCGCAGAAAUGUUUGAAGUUACUAAAAUCCAGAAAAUGCUUUGAUUUAAAAAUAUUGAAAUCUCUCAGCAUGGAGUUCACAAUACAGAAACAGAACAUACUUUAUCACCUUGGAGAAGAGUGGCAGAAGUUGAUUGUGUGGAAGUUCCCACCAUCAGGAGGUGCUGCUGACUUCAGCAGCUUGGAAUCUUGCCUACAAACAGAACUUCAUUUUUGCACUGAACAGUCCCAGAAAGAGGAGACCCCUAUGCCACCCAUCAGUUCUGUCCUCUUGGCAUUUUCUAUUCUUGGAGAACUACACACCAAGCUUAAAUCAUUUGGUCAGAUGCUGCUGAAGUAUAUCCUUAAACCUCUGGCAUCUUACCCAUCCUUGUAUGCUGUGGUAGAAAGCCAGCCUAGCAUAGUUAUUGUUCGUUUUGAAUCUGUAAUUACUAACUUGGAAUAUCCAUCUCCAUCUGAAGUUUUUGCAAAGAUCAGAUUGGUACUGGAAGUGGUCCAGAAACAACUUCUAGAUUUGCCAGUUGACACAGACCUAGAAAAUGAAAAAUUAUCUACAACGGCAUUGACUGAGAUGCUUGGUGACAUGAUCUGGGAGGACUUGUCUGAGUGCCUCAUCCAAAACUGUUUGGUUUAUUCAAUUCCAACAAAUAGCAGCAAGUUACAGCAAUAUAAAGAGAUUAUACAGUCCACUGAGGAAUUUGAAAAUGCCCUAAAGGAGAUGAGGUUUUUAAAAGGAGACACUACAGAUUUGCUGAAAUAUGCCCGUAACAUCAAUUCUCAUUUUGCUAACAAGAAGUGCCAGGAUGUGAUUGUGGCAGCCAGAAACCUAAUGACCUCUGAAAUUCACAACACUGUGAAGAUUACUCCUGAUUGCAAGAUAAGUGUGCCAGAGUUACCCAGUCCUGAUGAGGAUAACAGGCUAGAAGUAGCAAAAGCAUCCAAAACUCAGUACAACAAAGUGGUGAAUUUAAAGCCUGAAAAUACAUUGGACCAACAUUCCUUUUCUUUGCCCACAUGCCGCAUCAGUGAGUCUGUGAAGAAGCUAAUGGAACUUGCUUAUCAGACUUUACUAGAAGCAACAACCAGUGGUGAUCAAUGUGCUGUUCAACUAUUCUACUCAGUAAGGAACAUCUUCCAUUUGUUCCAUGAUGUUGUACCAACAUAUCAUAAGGAGAACCUUCAAAAACUGCCUCAGUUGGCCGCUAUUCACCACAAUAACUGUAUGUACAUUGCCCAUCACUUGCUGACCCUUGGGCAUCAGUUCAGAUUAAGUCUUGCCCCCGUUCUUUGUAGUGACACUACUACUUUUGUGGAUCUUGUACCUGGCUUCAGGAGACUUGGGACAGAGUGUUUUUUGGCCCAAAUGCGUGCACAGAAAGGUGAACUUUUGGAAAGAUUAUCGAGUGCUAGGAACUUUUCAAACAUGGAUGAUGAAGAGAAUUAUUCUGCAGCAAGUAAAGCUAUCCGGCAGGUACUGCACCAACUGAAGAGACUUGGAAUUGUGUGGCAGGAUGUCCUGCCAGUGAAUAUAUAUUGCAAGGCUAUGGGUACUUUACUCAACACAGCAGUUUCUGAGAUCAUUGGCAGAAUUACUGCCCUGGAGGACAUCUCUACUGAAGAUGGUGAUAGAUUGUAUUCCUUAUGCAAAACAGUGAUGGAUGAAGGACCCCACGUGUUUGCACCCUUGUCUGAAGAAAGCAAGAACAAGAAAUAUCAAGAAGAGGUUCCGGUCUAUGUUCCAAAAUGGAUGCCAUUCAAAGAAUUGAUGAUGAUGCUACAAGCCAGCUUGCAAGAGAUUGGAGAUCGGUGGGCAGAUGGAAAAGGGCCCCUGGCAGCUGCAUUCUCUUCCAGUGAAGUAAAAGCUUUAAUUCGUGCCUUGUUCCAGAACACAGAAAGAAGAGCAGCUGCCCUUGCUAAGAUUAAAUAGCUCCGUCUUCUUGAGAAAGCUAUGUCUUGACUAUGUGGAUUUCUCCCUUGACAUAAUUACUCCUCUAAAGACUUCUUGGAAUCACCCAUUGGUUUUGUUGAACCAGCGUAUCAAAGUUUGACUUUACACAAGAACGUCUUACCUCCUGGCCUGUAUGAGGCUUUGUUUAAGAACUGUCUAUUGGAAAUAAGUUGUCAAGUAAAGCACCUCAGUUCUCUGACUUUCUACCCACCUGCCUUUGAUUAGUUAAGAAACUGUUGGGCAGCAAUAUUUCAUGCCCUUUGAGAACUAUGUACAUUGUAAAUGUAGGCCCUGGCUUUGGAGUGAGGAAUUGGGAGAUUCCAGAAGUCAGGGUAGAAAAUUUGUAAGCAAAUGGGGUGGGGGUGGGGAGCAGGGGUGCCAUAUUUGGCCUUGAAGGAAUUAAGGAGAUUUCCUGUAAUAUUCCUUUCCAAUAAACAAUAAUGCAUUAGA